UCAUUUGUUUACAACAACAUUGUAGGAGGGCGACUUAGCAGGGACAAAUAUGCAGGCUAUGUAAAGGGAAUUUUUGUGCGGUCUAUCAAGGGAUUGUUGUUUUGAUAAGAAAAAUGCCUGCUACAUCGACGAGUAGAAAGUCGGUUGACAAACGCGAGACACACAUGUUACAACAUGUUACUAUAACAAAUGAGUACGGGGAGCUGUCCGACCUUGAAGACGUAAUGGAACACGGGCCCUUUACACUAACGGGGCUAUUGGUAAUGAGUAAAAGGGAGCAUGGUGGGUCAAACGAGGAUAGUACGGUCCUUGGCCAUUCCAUUAAAAUCUCUCCUAUAUGGACGUUCAGCUUGAGAGAUGAGUUCAAAGAGGAAACGACAAAGCUAUGGAUUAUCACGUCAAAUCGUCGCUAUAUUAUCUUGUCUUCUUCUGAAGAGUACCAACCAUAUUAUGAACAAAUUCUGGAGAAAAAUCGAUUAUUUUUUGUCUUAAAGAAUAAAUUCAAGCAGGACAUGGUACGGGGACACUUGCAAGACUACGAUAGCUACAUUUCUACUGUGAGCGAAAGGAUGAACCUUGCGUCCGAGUAUCAUGCCAUUUUGCUUAUUCAAAAACACCUUCGAUUUUUGCUGCUACAAAUGACCAGUGCGACUUCUCUUCAUAUAUGGGCGGAAUCACCUUUUUUACAACGAAUUCGUUCUUCAUACGAGCAUGUAAUAUUUGAGAUCAAUGCAAAUAUUCAAAAAGUCCGUUCCCGGAGGAAAAAUACUAAGCGUCCGUCAGCUACAAAAAUAGAGAAUCAAGAUACUUAUCAGCUAAAAGACCAAAGGCCAUCCCUAGCUUUUCAACCAGUUCAGCCUUUCCGUGUGUCUCCCUUGAAGAUACAGCAGCAACAUUAUUGUCUUACACAAACGUUUCCAAUACAUAUACCCCAUAAUGAUUCCUGGCUUCCAGGUCUUCGGAUAGUCGAUCCCAAUUUCGAUGCUAUUACACUGUGGAAACGGAUACAAGCAUCGCAAGAAAACUCAAACUUUCAUUCCAUUUCUCUGGAGGAAGCAUCCCGCGUGGUUGCUGAAGAAUCUCAAAGUACAUACCUUGAAGCAAAAACCAAAAUCACUGGGCAUGGAGAAGCAUUAUUACAGAUUAUGUAUUUUACCCCCUCCUGGCGAGGAUCAGCUUUGUUUAAUGAUUUAAAGCAUGCUGUUGGCUAUCAGACUACUAUAUACCAAGCGAGAGUUCAGUUCCGGACCCGUUGCCAACAGCUGCUUCAACGACUUGAUUCCCCUUUCGUCAAACCCGAAAAAGAGAAUACCGAUAUUGACCUAUUCUCCAGUAAAUUGGAGCCUAGCAAAGUGGCUUUACCUUUAUAUUUUACUCUUCUUAAACAAAUAAGUUGUAGUUUGCCAGGUGCUGAUUAUACUUACGCUCAGUACGUGCAUCAUCUAAGUACUCAAGCUGCAGUGCAACAAGAAAAAGUUGGAGAUUUAUUAAUUAGUAUCCUUCCUGAAUUUUUGCAACUUUUUUCUCGAGAAAUUGGUUACUGGCCAGUGUUCUCUAUCUAUAGUUACUUAUAUGAAUGUUUGAAAAAAUCAUAUCCCAAGGUUCGUUCUAAUAUUCCUAAUUUUUGGAAUGAAAUAUGGCUCAACAAAAAAAAUACGUUUGCGCAUCUAGUUAAGGGCUCCCCAACAACCACUUCAGUCCCUGUUCCUUCUACUUCUAUUCCCUUUAAUCCUCGAGAGACUACCCCUAAAUCAACCAAACUGCGCGUACUUCAGUAUUCCGACGUUGAAGCUGAGAAACAAAGGCGAUAUGUGCUUUAUAAAGUGCAAAAAGUUUAUCCAGUUCAGUUAGAAUCCGAUAUACAGUCAGGUAUUUGGACUUGCCCUGUGAAACAUUGUUUGUAUUUCUCAAUUAACGAUAAUCCCUUAAAGCCCAACCCUAAUAUUUAUGAACAUAUUAUCGGUCAUAUGAAAUCUACGCCCAUGUUAGAAGGUUUACCCGCAAAAAAUAGUGCUUUGAUUGAAGAUAUCGAAAUGGUAAGUCAUGAAAUGCUGUGAGCUCAAAAGUACGCAGACGCAUGAUUUACAUAUUGUUUAUCAAUGCAGUGUUACAUGACUAUAGACAAUAUUGGUUAGAAUGAUAUUAUGAAUCUAUAAUAAUCUUAAGGGAAGUCAUCUUAUGUGAAAAGAAGAGGAAUAUAGAAUAUAAAAUGAAUAUUAAAUGUAUGUCAGAUAAGAGACAUUAUAAAUCA